ACUUGGGGUUUUAGCAGAGAUUCCAUUUUACAGCCCUUUGCUUUUCGGCGUUUAAAAAACUUUUGUACAAGCAGCCACGUGUACAUAUACAACAUGAGUCUUAGAAAUGUAUAACCAAUCCUAUUGAGGAGGAGGAGGAGGAUGAUGAUGAUGAUGAUGAUGAUGAUGAUGAUCAAAAUGACAAGAAGACUUUAAAGGAGUCCAUCAGUCCAUCUCGUGGAUAGAAAAGCAGUGGCUGGACGAUCUUACCCAGAGGUUCUCGUGCCCAGGGAUGUAACCCCACGUGUAGGAUAGAAGCGAGCGACUGUUUUGCGACAAGGUUUUUCUGAAAGCUCCGCUCUACACAGAUGGACAUGGAGGAGCAAAACGUAUCAUCAGUCACAGAGAAGACGUCACUCAAUCACUCUCACGUGCCGAGAUCUCCCACGUCCAAAGAAAACAGUCCAGAUGCACAGCAGAAAGGAGGCUGGGAGUUGAUGGAAAGCCUCCGCGAGCCGAACACCAACGUCCAGAAACCGAGCAAGCAGGAAGGCUUCCUGCUGAAGAGGAGGAAGUGGCCGAUGAAAGGCUGGCACAAGAGAUACUUUCUUUUGGACAGAGGGAUCCUAAUGUAUGGCAAAACAUUAGCUGAUCUGAAGAAGGGGAAAAUCCGCGGCCGUAUCGACAUUGGUCUCUCCGUCAUGUCCAUCAAUAAAAAGACCAUGUGUAUCGAUCUGGACGCAGAGGACAGUAUUUACCAUUUGAAGGUGAAGUCACGCGAGCAGUUCGACGACUGGGUGGGUCAGCUCCGAAAUCACCGCAUGUUCCGUCAGAAUGAGAUCGUCAUGGAUCCUCAAGAGCGCCACCUACACUCCGACUCCUCCUCACUCAGAAGGCGAGCAGUUCUAUCUAAACAGCCUUCUCACCUAUCGAAGACCAGUUGGUUCCAGAGCUCAGAAGACAUGAAGAAAUGCUGUAGAGAACUCUCGGAGUGUGAAUCGUCUCUGCUGGAACUCAAUCUGCUGUUGAAGAAUAUGGAAGUGUUGCAGCGCACCUUCUCUGCCUCCACUAUCAACACUGUGCAGACUGAAGUUCCCAAGAAAGAGAAGAAAAGUACGAGGAGAUGGAGGUCCAGAAAACAGAGAAAAAAUAGAAAGCACUCCCUGCAGGCUUCAUCUUCUCAUCUGAACGAUUCAAACCCGAACCUGACCUCAUCUGAAACUUGCUGUCCAGAGUCACAUCUGGACUCUCCAGACUCGCCCACUGAUGCCUCGCAGCUACAGGAGGACUUCUGCAGGCUGGCCAGCAAUGUGUGUGUGACGCUGAAAUCCACAUACACCUCUCUGUGUUCAGAGAGAGACAGAGUGAGAUGCAGUCUGGAAUUAAAGAGCAUUCAUGAUAAGGACAUGACGGACGGACCCACACACCUCCUGCACCAGGUCUCAAGUGAGAUGCGAGGCUCGAUCCCCGAGUCGCUGUCGGAGUUCUUCGAUGCGAAAGAGUUCCUGCUGUCUUCCAGCUCCUCUGAGAAUGAGGCCUCGGAUAAUGAUUCCUGCUUGAGUGACGCGAGUGAUAAUGUUUCAGUGGAUCUCAGCAGCAGCGAGGGAGGGAUGGAGAAGGAUAACAUGGACAAAAGCAUGGUACAGCGGCGCUUAAGGUUACCCAGUGCGUGUGUGAGUGGGGGUGUGAAUUUAUGGAGCAUUCUCUAUUCCAACAUUGGGAAGGACCUCUCCAAGGUGGCCAUGCCGGUGCAGCUCAACGAGCCGGUCAACACACUGCAGAGACUCUGUGAGGAGAUGGAGUACUGCCAUCUACUGGACACAGCUGCACACACACAGGACCCACAAAUGCGCAUGGUGUAUGUUGCAGCAUUCGCAGUGUCUAUGUAUGCGUGUACGUAUACCAGAGCAGGGAAAAAACCCUUUAACCCUUUACUGGGAGAGACGUACGAGUGUGAGCGUCCAGACAAGGGCUUCCGCUUCAUCUCGGAGCAGGUAAGCCACCACCCACCGGUGUCUGCAUGCCACUGCGAAUCCAAGAACUUCACACUUUGGCAAGAUGUCCGGUGGAAGAACAAAUUUUGGGGCAAGUCCAUGGAGAUUGUCCCAGUGGGAACCAUCCAUAUAGCGUUGCCAUGUGUUGGGGAUCAUUAUGAGCUGAACCGGGUCACUUCCUGUAUCCAUAACAUCCUAAGCGGUGAGCGCUGGAUAGAACAUUACGGUGAGAUGACCAUCAAAAACACCACGACUGCAGAAGACACCAGCAUCUGUAAAGUUACCUUCCUUAAGUCCAAGUCUAGAAGCUUAAACAUCAAUGAGAUAGAAGCGGUGGUGACCGAUACGGAGGGGCGUGUGGUUCACACACUUUUCGGUAAAUGGAACGAGGCCUUGUACCUCGGAAAUCCUCCAUCAGCCAUCUGCAUCUGGAGAGCCAACCCCUUGCCCAAGGACUAUGAGCAAUUCUACGGCUUCAAUCAAUUUACUGUUGAACUGAAUGAGUUGAAUGAGAGUAUAAGUCCUUUCCUGCCCCCAACAGAUACACGUUUCAGGCCAGACCAGAGGUUGCUGGAGGAAGGAGAUAUCACUGGAGCUGAAGAACAGAAAGAAAGGAUCGAGUCACUGCAGAGGGAGAGAAGGAGAUUACUACAAGAGAACAACAUGACUCACACACCCAGAUUUUUUAACUGGUCUGAAGAUGACUCUUGGAUCAGCAAUGGCACUUACUGGCAAUUGAGGGAAGACCCUGGCUUCAACAGACUGGAGUUCCCUGUGCUGUGGUGAUGAGGCUGGGACUUUCCCCAUCACGAUGUUUGCUGUUUCCUGACACCAAAAUAUGCUUUUAUUCUGCUUUUAAAGCCCACGGUGCACCCAUACUUACUGCUGACGAGCCUUGAUCGGCUUCUUAAAAUCAAUGAUCCUUGUUCUUUUUAUUUUUUGCACAUAGGGCAAGUCAAAUAUCAUCCUGUUAAUUGUGUUUAAAAGUUGUUUUUUUUCUGCAUACAGUGUCAUCAGCACUUCCUAAUAAGGAGAACUGCUGCUGUGGGAUAUCAAGAGAUAAACCACCACAAAUCCAAUUAAAUAUAUAUCGUAAUAAUAGAGUGACGUUCACAUAAUUCACCGAUCACAAUCUGCUGCACUUUUAAAAGUGUGAAUUUUCACUAUACUGAAAAUCGGUGUUUGUGAGAUCCGUAGGUCAUCUAAAGGUCAUCUUACAUGCCUGGAACCACAAAAACCACUGAAGCAAUAAAAAUGCAAUGGCUUACUUCA